GGAUGCGAGCGCCGCUGCAACAGCCUCACUCGCGUGAUCCCACAAACGGGCGUCACGCACAUUAUCCGGUUAAUUUACAUACAUAACGCCGCCCAGGGGGACGAACAUGAUAAUCUGCCAUCGACUGAAAGCAAACCGUGCGGAGGGGAGAAAAAACAGCUGAAAAAAAAGAAAAAAAGUUUGGACGGAGGAGGGUUGUUUGAAACCGAGCGAAGUGUUUCGUCAGAAACCAAGAGGCGCUUUGUCGGGCUCUUUGCCCCACUUUUGGAUUACGAUAUGGACGCUUUGAAAUCCGCUGGAAGGGCAAUUAUACGGAGUCCCAGCGUCGCCAAACAGUCGUGGGGCUCGGGCAGACAUAAAAAGCUCCCAGAGAACUGGACAGACACGAGGGAGACCCUGCUGGAGGGGAUGGUGUUCCAGCUCAAGUACCUGGGGGUCACGAUGGUUGAGCAGCCCAAAGGAGAGGAGCUGUCUGCGGCGGCUGUCAAGAGAAUAGUGGCCACGGCGAAAGCUAGUGGGAAAAAACUCCAGAAAGUCACAUUAAAGGUCUCCCCGCGAGGAAUCAUCCUCUAUGACAGUGCCUCCAACCAGCUGAUAGAAAACAUCUCCAUAUACAGAAUAUCAUAUUGCACAGCGGACAAGAUGCACGACAAAGUGUUUGCCUACAUUGUCCAGAGCCAACACAAUGAGACUCUGGAGUGUCACGCCUUCCUCUGCCCCAAGAGAAAAAUGGCCCAGGCAGUAACCCUAACAGUGGCUCAGGCCUUCAGAGUGGCGUUUGAAUUCUGGCAGGCUGCCAAAGAAGAGAAGGAGAAACGAGUGAAGUCGGGUUCAGACGGGGAAGGAGCCAGUAGCUCGCAGUCGGACAGCUCAGCCAGCCUGGGUAGCCUGAAGGGAGGAGAGGUAGCCACAGCAAAACUCCUGGAUUUGGCAGAGGGAGCCAACGUGGCGCUGGUCCACUCAGGAACAAAGCAGACUGAAUCGGAUCCCUUUAUGGUGCAUAAUCACGCAACAGAGAACAACAAUACUGUAUGGGAGUUGGAGGACGGUCUGGACGAGGCUUUCUCAAGCCGCAGUCUGGAUAGCUUUGAAUCCUACUCAGACUCGCUGAGUCUCGCACUAACCCCCAGGUCCUGGACAUUGGGGUAAACCCUCAGGACUUAAACACUGAAGAGUGCCUGUCCCCAGGCAAAUGGGACCAAGAGGACACAGACUUCACUGCACAAAAAGACACUUUUGGGUUCUAAUGUGAAGCCUCUGCCAGGAAAAACAGGGAGUGAUGCGAGAUGGUGAGAUGGUGGCAAAGCAUGGAUGGAAACUGGAGUGACAAAAGAGACAUUUGUGACAUCAGUAGGGUUUCCCACCAUUUCCCUGCUGCCAGGUCCUCUCAGAGGCUCUCUGAUGCUUCUGCAUCAACACAACCAGAGAAGGACAAUAUAAGCAGGCUGCCCUCAGAACAGGCCAAAGCAAUACAAACCAAUUUACCCCUUUUCUAUGAAACGACAUGCAGUCAUUUAAUGUUUGUUACAGUCAGUGUAUAACUUCCUUUUUUGUGUCUGUUUACGCAUUUACUGUUUUGUAAUAUGUUACUGUGGUAUGUGCUCGUGUACACUGCGUAAAACAAAACUGGGUGUGUGCGUACGCAGGUGUGAAUGUGCAGUAUAUGUGAGAUACAAGAACUAUGGUGUGAGAGGAGUUUGGAACAGUUACUUUAAGUGUCAAUAAGGUAAAGGUCAAGAAGGGUGCUCUCACAUACUUGAUUUACUUACAGAUGGAGAAGCGUAACUGGGUAAGAGGGAAAACUCAACGGUGCAGCGAUGCACCAGUUCAGUGUUGGGCAAAGCAGAAAAGUUACUACCUAUGUGCUUCAAGGAUUCAGCCUGUUGUUGGGCAAUAAAAGCUUUAAAAAAAAGUGUGUGCGUGUGCGUGUGAGAAGAUGAAACAAAAUGACAAUCUUAUUUUUUUCCUAAUGCAAAAUCUAUUUUUGCACUCAGCAUUCAUUCAUUUUUAAAAGCACAUAUUUUUAUUUGAGGGAAUUUUAUGUCAGUAAACUUAAACUCAUUAUUUUCAUGCAUCUUCAGUGUCUCUGUUCAAACUUCCCCUCUGGACUUGUUACUGUUCUAUUGUUUUACAACUCUGAAUGACAAUAAUCGCAUCACUCUGAGGUUAAUGACAAGUUUCAUCAUCAUUGUAGAGAACUGAAUCUCCAAAGAGCAUGACAUUUAUCUAAGUGAGAUGGUUGCGAUUCUCUCUCUGGUUCAUGGGCGAGACUUGGAUGGGAAAGGGGAAGGAAGCCUAGAGUUGUUUUGUUUUUUUUCCUUUAACAUGACAGUGUUUUCUUUGACCACAUCAGCAAGGUCACUUAAUUCAUAGUUGAAGAGCAAAACAUGAAGUCCAAGAGGGAAAAUGUGUUUUUAUCUGCACUCUACCGCUGUAUGUUAAAUUAUAUUGUUGCAUUGACUUUGCUAGUUUACUUCUUUUUCCGGUGUUAUUUUUGGCAUUUGUUUGUGUAUAAAUUUUAAUUUAAUUCAUUAAUUUCCAUAAAUUUUAAUCAAAGGCAAAGUGUGUAUGUGUGAUGUUUAUUCCAAAGUGAGAUCAUUUUAAUUCUUGUAAACUCUGAUGUACCUCUAUGUACCUCUUUACUUUCUGGGUUUUUUAACCGUACACACAAACAAGUGAACUCCACCAUGGCUCUGCUAUCAAGGUCUAAGUUCACACGCAUUGCAAAGGCAAAUAAACCUUUCUAUGCAGAUA